AUACAAUCCAAUUAAUCCUCACUCUACAAACCCACACGACCAAACCAUGUCUGACGCAUACCACAACCAGCGCGUCGGCGGCCAAGGCGGCACCGACUGGGGCUCUCAGCUCUACGACAACGACCAAAAGGUCCAUUCAAUCGACGCCUGGUGGGGCCCUGCGUCCGACGCACCACAAUACACCGUCCUCAGAGGCCUCCGUCUAUCCUGGAACGACGGCCAAGAGCGCCAGGUGGGCCACCAAGACGAUUACCUCCCCCACCGGGGGUAUACGUUCGACGACGACGAGAACAUCCAGUCCAUGACGCUUCAUGGCGCGAUUGGAGACCCUUACGGUCGUGCUGAUGCGUUGGAAUUCCAUACUACCAAGAAUAGGGAUUUCUUUGCGGGUGGAGAUGGUGGAGGCCCACUGAUUCAGGAGGUUGGGACCGGCGUGUUGUAUGGGUUUGAUGGGGCUGCGGAUGCAGAUAUUGAUAGUUUGGGGGCUAUUGUUCAGGAUUAG